UUCCCAAUUCCGGCUGUGACGUCAUUCAGCAGAAGAGCGCAGUACUGGCAGAUCGACGCAGAAAGCCGCGAAUGAAGCUAAUAAGUCAGUCUUAUUAUUUGUUCUUCAGUUUGAAAUAUUUACGUCGUAAAAAAUACAUAUUUGAUUCUUUAUUUAAGGAUAAAGUCGUCUCGAUGCACUACAAGCACUGUGCUGCUUCUCGUGCUAUUUUUGCUUGUUAGUUAGCUGAGCUCGCUAGUUAGCUUAGCUUGUUAGCUGCUAACAAAGACGCAGAAGUUGUCAACACAUCGCUAAGUAGAGAUUAAGUGUGAGAGUAAAGUGUUGUGAUUGUGUGAAAAUGUCUACAUUACAAAUGUUGAGAGCGUUGGUGGAUCAGCGACUAACUGCUGCCGUUGAAGAAAUAUUUCUAGUGUUAGAGAGAACGAUAGCAGAAUACGAGACGGAACUUUCUAGAACAAAAGAGGAGAACAAUCAACUACUGGACGCUGUUUUCAAGAAACAUCAAGUUGUGUUACACAGAACAGACGUCCAGCAGCCCCCCCACAUUAAAGAGGAAGAAGAUGAUCCACAGUUCCCCCACAUUAAAGAGGAAGAGGAGGAUCCACAGCCUCCCCACAUCAAAGAGGAAGAGGAGGAAGUGUGGAUCACUCAGGAGGAAGAGUGUCUUCUAGGACAGGAGGAGGCUGAUCUCAGCAAGUUUCCACUGACUGUUGUCUCUGUGAAGACUGAAGAGCAUGAAGACAAACCACCUGAGUCCUCACAGCUUCAUCACAGUCCAAACGUCCAGCAGGUGUCAGCAGAGAGUCAUGAAGAGAUUCCCUCCAAGCAGCAGGAGUGGAGCUCCAGUGUGGGACAAAAGAAGCUUGAGCCCACUCCUAUAGAGGAAGAAGAAGAACUGUGGGAGCAGCUUCCAAGUUUGAAGGAGGUUAAUGACGAAGAUGAUAUAAACUCAGAACCAGACAGCAUCUUUGCUCCACUGUCAGACAUGGACGACAUGAUGUCAGACCUUUCUGAUCACAGUGACCACAUCCAAAAACAUUUGGAGAGUAAAAAUGACUCUAAAGGUGAUACGAGACAUCACACUAACAACAAACACUUUGACUGCACUGAAUGUGGGAAAUCAUUUAGAUGGAAGAGUGAUUUUACAAGACACAUGAGAAUACAUACUGGAGAGAAACCUUUUACUUGCUUUGUUUGUAAGAAGAGUUUCUCCAUUAAGCGUGACAUGAACACACACAUCACUGUAUGA